CCUCGCCAUCCACAUCCAUCGCAUCCGUCACCCACCCAAGCCCAUCCAAACCCAUCGGGCACCCGCGAGCCUCUACCCGCACGACCCAGCAUCGCCGAGACCAGCACCACAGCCACACCACAGCCACACCACAGCCGUCACCAUGAGCGAGCCGAACUCUCUUCACGACACCGAGUUUGAGGUCCCCGUCGACGAGGAAAUCGAGGCCAUGAAGCAGCGGGUUCAGGAGAUGCAGCAAGAGGCCGCCAAGCUGCGCGACAUGCAGGCCAGCGUCGAAAGCAGCAUGUAUGCAGCCCAGGAUGCCUCCGCCUCGGCCAGCCACGCCCCUUCCGAUGCCAACCGAGAGGAAGUUGAUGCCCGAUCGAUUUUUGUUGGAAAUGUCGACUACAGCACCACCCCCGAGGAAAUCCAAGCGCACUUCCAAGCAUGCGGUCCCAUCAACCGAGUCACCAUUCUCUGCGACAAAUACACCGGCCAUCCCAAAGGAUUCGCUUAUGUUGAGUUUGCCGAUCCCUCGGUUGUCCACAAUGCCUUGGUGCUGAACGAGUCGCUCUUCAAGGGACGUCUGCUGAAGGUCACCGCCAAGCGCACCAACAUCCCAGGGCUGAAUUUCCGCGGCCGAGGCGGGCGGGCUGCCUAUCGGGGCAGCGGUCCGCGAGGCGGCUACCGAGGAUACAGCGGCGGAGGAUAUGCUGGCUACCGCGGACGGCCUCCGUACCGUGCUCGUCGCGGCUCGUUUGCGCCAUACUAAGCAUGGAGAUGAAUCGAGCUGGCAUCCUCCUGGGUGGUCUCGAUUACCACAAGUGCCUUCCCCCCACUCUGCGUGU